AUUUCCGCUGCCAGUGUUUACCUUGAUGGCGCCAGAAGGCUCUAGAUUCUUCUUCCUUCCUAGCGCUUCAUCUGCAGUACCUGCGAUUGCGGUGCCGGAUGCUUCACAAGAUAAAUAGAGCGAAAUAGGGUGAACGUGAGCUCGGUGACAUCGAGGGCAUUUUUUCUAAAGGAAUUAUCUCAUUUUAUCAGUAAGCAAUCAAGUUCCAACAACCCAGGGACAUAUUUGCUGACGUCACAUGCGGGCUUAUAGAGAUUUAACUAAACGCUGACAGCAAUGGGAAUUAAAUGGGUGUGUAUCCACCACAUUGCAUCUCAGCUAGCUGUGCGGUUUGUUGAAUCCGUCAAACCAUCACAGUCCUUGGCAAAUCCAUAGUAUCCUUCUAGUAACAGAAACUAACUCGCCGCAAGAUGCCACGUCGACAAUCGCGUCCUGGAUCGUCCUCGCGCGAUACCAAUCGCACUUCCUCACCCAAACCAACAAACACAUCGAAAUCUUCGCCGGCCCAACCUCACACGGCAGAACAAUCGAAAGAGGCACCAAAAUUAACUAACCUUCCAGCGCCAGGUUCCGGAAUGUUCGCUCAAAUGGCUGCCACGGCCGGUGGCGUUGCCAUCGGUUCCGUGCUGGGCCGUGCCUUGGGCGGACUAUUCGAACGAUCCGGCACUGAAACGCAGAAGGAAGAAAAUGCAGAAUCCAUCGAGGCAAAGGUUCACACCGAUGCGAGAGGAAAGGUCGCGGUUAACGAACAUGAACUAGCGUCCGAUGAUUGUAACUGGGAAAUUAAACAGUUUCUGGCCUGCAUCGAUGAACAGCGAGACGCGAAACUGUGCGAAGGAUUUAAGGAAGCGAUGCAUCAGUGCAAGUUGAAGAAAUCAUUGGAAAUUACGAAGCAUUAAAUACCAUUAUUCAAAUUAUAACUUGAUAAUUUUGCUCUCUCUUGUCGCUGAAACGUGUUUGCCUGAAAUGUGCUCCCACGUGUUUAGCGGUUGCUUUCAAAGCCUCCAUCGAA